GUCGGAUUGUACCUGAACUAGCCAAUGGGGAGCAGUCCCGGAGGCGGACCCGGCGCUGCCAGGGUUGGGUGCACCGUUGAACAGAUGGCAGAGGGAGGCGAGCGGAUUCCUGAGGAACGCCGGUCAGCUAUUUGACUGUCAUCUGUUGCCGCCCAUUGAUGUGAAGAUGACCAAGCUGGGAUUUUUGCGGUUGUCCUAUGAGAAGCAGGACACACUUCUGAAGCUUCUGAUUCUGUCGAUGGCUGCUGUGUUAUCGUUCUCCACUCGUCUCUUUGCUGUCUUGAGAUUUGAAAGUGUCAUCCAUGAAUUUGAUCCGUACUUUAAUUAUCGUACCACCCGGUUCCUGGCUGAGGAGGGAUUUUAUAAAUUCCAUAACUGGUUUGAUGACCGGGCCUGGUACCCUUUGGGACGAAUCAUUGGAGGAACAAUUUACCCAGGCUUAAUGAUCACCUCUGCUGCAAUCUACCAUGUCCUCCAUUUUUUCCACAUCACCAUCGACAUUCGGAAUGUCUGUGUGUUCCUGGCCCCUCUCUUCUCUUCCUUCACCACCAUCGUCACGUACCACCUUACCAAAGAGCUCAAGGAUGCAGGAGCUGGGCUUCUUGCUGCCGCCAUGAUUGCUGUGGUUCCUGGCUAUAUCUCCCGGUCUGUGGCUGGCUCCUAUGAUAAUGAAGGGAUUGCCAUCUUUUGCAUGCUGCUUACCUAUUACAUGUGGAUCAAAGCAGUCAAGACUGGUUCCAUCUACUGGGCAGCAAAGUGUGCCCUUGCUUACUUCUACAUGGUCUCUUCCUGGGGAGGUUACGUGUUCUUGAUCAACUUGAUCCCCCUUCAUGUACUAGUGCUGAUGCUCACAGGACGUUUCUCCCACCGGAUCUACGUGGCGUACUGUACUGUCUACUGCCUGGGCACCAUUCUUUCCAUGCAGAUCUCCUUUGUGGGUUUCCAGCCCGUCCUUUCAUCAGAGCACAUGGCAGCCUUUGGGGUCUUUGGUCUCUGCCAGAUUCAUGCCUUUGUGGAUUAUCUACGCAGCAAGUUGAAUCCACAGCAGUUUGAAGUUCUUUUCCGAAGUGUCAUCUCCCUGGUGGGCUUUGUCCUUCUCACCAUUGGAGCUCUCCUCAUGCUGACAGGAAAAAUAUCUCCCUGGACGGGGCGUUUCUACUCGCUGUUGGACCCUUCCUACGCUAAGAACAACAUCCCCAUCAUUGCUUCUGUGUCUGAGCAUCAGCCUACGACCUGGUCCUCGUACUAUUUCGACCUGCAGCUCCUUGUCUUCAUGUUUCCAGUUGGUCUCUAUUACUGCUUUAGCAACCUGUCUGAUGCCCGGAUUUUCAUCAUCAUGUAUGGUGUGACCAGCAUGUACUUUUCAGCUGUAAUGGUGCGUCUGAUGCUGGUGUUGGCGCCUGUUAUGUGCAUUCUUUCUGGCAUUGGAGUCUCUCAGGUGCUGUCCACUUACAUGAAGAAUUUGGACAUAAGUCGACAAGACAAGAAGAGCAAGAAACAGCAGGAUUCUACCUACCCUAUUAAGAAUGAAGUGGCAAGUGGCAUGAUACUGGUCAUGGCUUUCUUUCUCAUCACCUACACCUUUCAUUCGACCUGGGUGACCAGUGAGGCCUACUCUUCUCCCUCCAUCGUGCUGUCUGCUCGUGGUGGAGAUGGCAGUAGGAUCAUUUUUGAUGAUUUUCGAGAAGCGUACUAUUGGCUUCGUCACAAUACUCCAGAGGAUGCGAAGGUCAUGUCAUGGUGGGAUUAUGGCUACCAGAUUACAGCGAUGGCGAAUCGGACGAUCUUAGUGGAUAAUAACACAUGGAAUAAUACCCAUAUAUCUCGAGUAGGCCAGGCAAUGGCAUCCACAGAAGAAAAAGCCUAUGAGAUCAUGAGGGAGCUUGAUGUCAGCUACGUACUGGUCAUUUUCGGAGGCCUCACUGGGUAUUCUUCAGAUGACAUCAACAAAUUUCUGUGGAUGGUCCGGAUUGGAGGGAGCACAGAUACAGGGAAACACAUCAAGGAGCACGAUUAUUAUACUCCAACUGGGGAGUUCCGUGUGGACCGUGAGGGCUCUCCAGUGCUGCUCAACUGCCUUAUGUACAAGAUGUGUUACUACCGAUUUGGACAGGUUUACACAGAAGCCAAGCGUCCACUAGGCUAUGACCGUGUCCGGAAUGCUGAGAUUGGGAAUAAAGACUUCGAGCUUGAUGUCCUAGAAGAAGCAUACACCACAGAACAUUGGCUGGUCAGGAUAUACAAGGUGAAGGACCUGGAUAAUCGAGGCUUGUCAAGAACAUAAAUGUUACUUCUGGUUCUGAUCUGCUUCGCACUGAGUGCGUCCCAUUUAGGGCGCUGAAGACGGUUUAAAAAAUAUGCAGUUUAUAAGAACAGAGCGCGAUGAGAUUAGAAUUGUCUGGAGGUUUUGCCCUGGGCAGUGUGGGCUGGGCCAAAUGGAGUGAUCUUUAUAAUUCUGAGCAGGUUACCAAAUGAAAUGUCAUGGCUUUACUUUGGUCAAUUAAAGGGGGGAAUUUUUUUUAAAUGUGC